AUGUCUACCCCUCUCUACGAUGCUCCUCCACGCGAAGUGGUGGUCCCCCCACCGUCAACCACUUUUGAACCCUCAUCAAUCACGAUCCACCCUACGGAAAACGCGUUUGCCGACUCCCAUGGACGUACCAUAUUUCUACGAGGCAUUAAUGUAUCAGGAGAUGCGAAAUAUCCCAUGGAAAAUCCUGUUGCCGGUACUCCCGAGUUCUACGACGCGAGCACCGUAACUUAUAUCGGCAAACCGUUUUCAAGUGUCGAGCAAGCCAGUGAGUGGUGGACACGCCUUAGAGCUUGGGGGAUUGGUAUAGUAAGGAUGGUUAUUACCUGGGAAGCUUUGGAACCUAGAAAGAUGGGAGAAUAUGACGAGAAAUAUAUUGAUUAUAUAUAUGCAAUUCUAGAAAAAGCACAUCAGGCAGGUUUGAUGGUGUUUAUUGAUGGUCACCAGGAUGUCUGGUCUCGAUAUACCGGUGGGUCCGGAGCUCCCUUGUGGACCUUUCACAUGGUCGGCCUGGACCCCAGUACUUUCCCGGCCACAUGUGCAGCAGCUCUCGAUGUUUCUGGAGCAAGCACAUCCCAUUCAACCCCCUCUGGUCGUUUGUGGCCAACAAAUUAUUCGAAAUUUGGGCCGGCUACCAUGUUUACUGUAUUUUAUGCCGGCGAAGUUUACGCCCCAAAAGCGGUAUACUCUGGGGAUAUACCCGAAUUUCAGGGCGAAAACAUUGGUUACGUCUUGCGUAGUGCGUAUAUCAAAGCGUAUGCACAACUUGCAUCCCGCUUGAGUUCGUUGUCCAAUGUACUUGGCUAUGAUCCCAUGAAUGAACCGCACCCUGGCUAUAUUGCGUUACCAUCGCUACAUCGCCAUAAUGAAAACACAGAGCUACACCUGGGGCACAUGCCUAGCGCUCUUCAAUCUAUGGCACUCGCAGCCGGCCUCCCAACGCCUGUCGGUUACUUCGAACGGACCUGGCCUCAUCCAUCAAAACGAGUGAGGGACGACAUUCUUAAUAAAGAACGGAUCUCAGCGUGGCUUCCGGGUAGGAAAGAUAUUUGGUUGGAGGAAGGAGUUUAUAUUCUUCCUGAAGAUAAAGAAAAUGGGAAAGUUACAUUAGGGCCUAGAGGGGAAUCUUAUUUUGCAACAAACCCAAAUACCGGAAAGAAGGCAGACUUUGAGAAGGACUUCUAUGUCCCAUUCCUGAGAUCCUUUAAGUUGGGUAUUGCCCGUGCCCUUCAAGAUUCAUUGGCUGGACGUUGGAUGUUUGUUGAACCUGUCCCAAAUCUGGGCCCACCAGCUUGGGCAAAGGGCACGAACCCGCCACCGGGGGAGAAGAUUUGCUACUCGCCACAUUGGUAUGAUAUCCGAGUACUCUACGAGAAGGCUUUGUGGUAUGGAGUGUCUUUUGACACAUUAUCACUUGCAGGCGGCUCUCGAAAACUCUGGAAGCACACCUAUAUUGGCCGCAACGGACUGACAGCCAACUAUGCGGAUAAUUUCCAGCGUUUCAUUUCGCACCUAAAAACUUUUCGCCCUGAAAAACCAACACCAAUCUUGAUAGGCGAAACAGGGGUCCCAUUUGACAUGAACCUCCAGUCCUCCUACAUUACUGGCGAUGUUCAUAUCCCAUUAACACAGCUUGACGCCAUAUUCCACGGCAUGGAGAAAUCGCUCCUGAACUGGACUGUCUGGAACCUAACUUUGUCGCAUUCCACAACAGCAACACCAGAAUCAAUGCCUGCUGACAACGAGACCUCCGCUCCAAUUCAAUCUGGAGAUAAUUGGAACAGCGAAGAUUUCUCUCUCGUCUCACUCUAUGCAAAUCCCACCGUUGAAGUUCCACUCCACGGUACCUCAAAUAGUCCCCGAGACCUCGAGAAACCCUUAACCCGAGCAGCCUUGUUCGGGAACCUCUAUCUGGGUGGUCGACUCCUCCCAGCCCUUUUACGGCCUUAUCCUGCAAAAACGGCAGGUAUUGUCAUUAACUCGGAGUUUUUUCUUGAUACUCUCAGCUUUGAACUACGGUUCAUUGCUAACCCUCCACUUCCACCACUUCACGAGGCUGGUCUAGAAACAACAACCGAAAUUUUUGUUCCAGUGUAUCAUUUCUCAGGACGUGAGUGCAUCCUCACUAUCUCUGUAUCUGGCCUAGGUCCAGAAGAGGAAACGACAAUUCAUAGACCACAGGUCAACGGACGAGUAAAGAGUGGGAUUGAAUGGACAUGGAACGAAGCGGAACAAGACUUAGCUAUAGUCCAUGAUGAGCGACAUGCAGGAAAGGAGGUUAGUGUGACUUUGAGGGCGUUAGUGCCCGGAGAGGUGGCGGUGGAAAAGAAGAAUUGGGCAGGCGCGCUAGUGGGCAUGUUUGUUUGA